AGUAUAUGUAGAAGAAACACGUUCGAAUCAAAAUUAUGGCUCAAUUGGAAUCUAAUUAUCAUGUUUCGGAAACGGCUAAUUUCACAGAUACACAAAAAGUAAAAUGGUUAUUAGUAUCUGCACCGAUGCCAGUAAUUUUUAUAUCCAUAGCCUAUUUUUAUAUCGUCUACAUUGCUGGUCCGCAAUUCAUGAAAAAUAGACAACCGUACUCGUUAAAACCGUUUAUGCAAUGUUACAAUCUUCUUCAAAUUAUUUCAAAUGCUUGGAUAGUGUUUAAUUUCGUGACAUAUGGUAGACCAUUUACUGCUAUAUGGAGAUUUUGCGAGUCACUCGAUGAACUUUGCGGUAAUUACAGUGAAAAGGUAUUUGAAACACUGUGGUGGGUACUAAUGCUUAAAUUGUUCGAUCUCAUUGAAACUGUAGUAUUUGUUUUGAGGAAGAAAGAUCGCCAGAUCUCAUUUUUACACACAUACCAUCAUGCUUCCACAUUUAUCUACUCUUGGUUGAUGUUUAAUUACUUUAAUCAUAGUUUUAACAUGACUUCGAUGUUGCUCAAUUGUUCUGUACAUGUUGUAAUGUAUUCUUAUUAUUUUCUGAGCACUUAUGGAUCGAACAUGCAACGAAUACUUCUUCCAAUCAAGAAGUCGAUUACUAUUAUACAAAUGACACAUAUUGCAUUCAUAAUGAUAGUCUCUAUGCAAGGUUUUAUACCCAGUUGCGGUACCAAGAUGGUGAAAUACUACUCUACCAUAACAUCUAUUAAUUGCUUAAUAAACUUGUUAUUCUUUUCCAAUUUCUUUUAUAAUUCUUAUAACAAGUCGAAAUCAAUCUAAUUUUGAAAGUACAAAUUUGUUAAA